AUGGCAGACUCCGAAGCAAACCCUUUGGUCGUGUUGGCCACUAUCGCCUCGCUUAUUGCAUCGGUGGUAGCAUACUACUUUGUCCAGAAGAACAAGACUCAGCAGCCUGUGUUGCAUCCCACUGAGUACAGAAAGUUUCCCUUGAUUGAGAAGACCCGUGUGUCUCACAACUCGUGCAUUUACAGAUUUGGUUUGCCAAACUCGACCGACAGAUUGGGCUUGCCAAUUGGUCAGCACAUCUCCAUCAGUGCCAACAUCAACGGCAAGGAGGUUGUCAGAUCGUACACUCCAAUUUCCAACGACGACCAGUUGGGAUCUUUCGACUUGUUGAUCAAGACCUAUGCUGAGGGUAACAUCUCGAGGCACGUGGAGUCUAAGAUGAUCGGCGAGCACAUUGAAGUGAGGGGCCCAAAGGGUUUCUACAACUACACUCCUAACAUGAAGAAAUCGUUGGGUAUGGUCGCUGGAGGUACUGGUAUUGCUCCAAUGUAUCAGGUGUUGACUGCCAUUUUGGACAACCCAGAGGACAAGACCAAGAUCUACUUGGUUUACGCCAAUGUAUCUGAAAACGACAUUUUGUUGAAAGCUGAGUUGGAGGACUUGAGAAAGAAGCACCCAGACCAGUUCUUUAUUCACUACGUGUUGAACAACCCACCUGAAGGCUGGGAUGGUUCAGUUGGUUUUGUGACUCCAGAGAUCAUGGACACCCACUUGCCUCAGUACAGUGACGACACCACCUUAUUGAUCUGUGGUCCACCAUUGAUGGUUUCUGCCAUCAAGAAGGCUGCACAGACCUUGGGCUACCCUAAGGCCAAGCCAGUGUCGAAGUUGGGCGAUGCCGUUUUUGUAUUCUAG